AUGUGGUUGCGGCCACUGCUUCGCCACCGCAUCGGCAUCGGCUUUCGGCAAUUCGCCUCAACGGCGGAUGCCACCUCCUCUGAGAUUCAGCCAUCCGAAAGUGCCCAGAAUCUGAAACGGAUCGGCCGAGCCCUCGAAUCGUAUCUACGGCAAUCCCGCGAGAAUUCGAACAUGAUGGCCCGCGAGCGAGCGGAAUUCGAUUUGGGCAAACGCCAUCUGGCCAAUAUCAUGGGAAUCGACGCGCAUUCGAUGACACAAGCCGAUAUUGACAAGGCUGUGGAAUACCUCUUCCCGUCCGGUCUCUCCGAUAAACAAGCGCGACCCGUGAUGAAGCCACCGGAUGAGAUUUUGCCCACAUUCAACAAAUACAGCUUUGAUGAUGAGGGUCGACCGGUCGAUGCCCGUUUCUACACAUAUCACCCCAAAUUUUACACUCUUCUUUCGGAAAUUGGGCAAAAGACGCGGAACAUUAUCCAAUUUCACGCGGAAUUGCUGCGUUCAAACAAGGAUUCAAGGGACGAGCUGCAGACUGUGACGAUGAGCGGAACAGCGUGGCUGACGGCUGAGAAGAUGCGGAAGAGGAUUGGCGAGAAGUUUAGCGACGAAAUGUACGCUCAUCUAAUUCUGGCCCUCGACCAUCUCUCGGCACUUCCCGGUUCGGUGGCUGAAGAAAAGUUUAUUGAGAAGUUCCGGGAACCCCUGGCGGCUGCGACGAGCUCAAAGAUUUUCGGUGUGCCAAUUCCGGAAGUGCAGAUUUGUAAGGAGACGAAACGCCGUUUCACUGAAGUCACAGUUCGUGUCAAACAUACAAAAGCCACUGUGAAAGUCUUCGAGCAUGGAACUGGCAAAUGGGAUAUUGAUGCCACCGGCUUCUCCACUUUUCGAUCGUUGACUGUUCGAGAAAUUCUUCUCUGCCCGCUGAUUGUGACGAAUCUGAUUGGGCAAGUGGAUGUGGUGGCCACGAGUGAGGGAUCUGGCGGUGAAACGGCAGUGCCACGUGCUGUUCGUCAUGGUGUUUCACUUGGAUUGGCUGCCCUCUUCCCGGCAAAUGAGGAAAAGCUUCGAUUAGCCGGUCUCUUGACAACCGAUCCACGAACGAAGGAACGAAGCAAAGUCAAUCAGCCGGGUGCUCGUGCCAAAUGGAUCUGGAAACGCCGU